CAUUUUGCUCGCUUCGAACUUUCAAUCACUUCCUCUCACAAUUCGGAAAUUUGAACCAAACCAAAGCCAUUCCAAUAAAUUGAGUAAAACGAAAGUAUCAUCGACAAUUUGAUCAUGAUGUUUUCGAAACUAUCUGUUGCUGCCCUAUCCCUGGGCAGAAUGUCCUGGCCGGUCCAAGCGGAGGACAAACCAUCCAUUGGGCUCUAUGAGCUAAUGACGCUCGGGGAGCCACUCGAACCCAUUGUCGAAGUGACGGAGUUCGAGCCGUUGACGGGACGCGUCUUUAUUGAAGCGCAUCCGGAUAUGAAAGGCUCCGUGGCAGCAUCGGUUUAUAUACCAAAAGACGAAACUUCACCGUGUGCCGACGGACAAUUUUAUGGUUCGAGUGGGGAGGAGGGAAGCGACGAAAUUGCCUUUGAUGCAGAUGCCGACAUUCCCGAUGAAGUCGAAGGAAAGACAAAAAAUGGAAGCCUAGGUAUGUAUCAAUCCCGUAUUAACACAAUUCUUUGUCCCUGCAAACACUUUCAUCAAGACUAAUAGUUUCCGCCUUUGUUGUUCUGUAGGUGCCAUCACGUUUGAAAUCAACGAUCCCAUGGAGUCACCUUUCUACAGCGGAAAUGACGACGAAGGGGUGGUCAACAUGUGUAAGUCAUUUCCAAGACUCUAAAUAUCUUCUUGUUUUGUCUGCGUGGCACAGUCUUUCUUGCAUCAUUGUCACGAUCAUCUAAUUGUUGAUUUUGGUUUCAUGAUUAAUUUAUAUACAUAUAAUAUAUAUACUAUACAUGUAUAUUUGUAUGUAUAAAUGUGUGCGUGUGUGUAUAUAUCUAUAUAUAAAGGUAUUUCUGCUGAAAUCAACGGUGGGGACGACUUGGGUAAUCAACUGAUAUCAUAUGUUGAUACCCAUCUGACGGUACAGGUCAUUCAUGGAUCGAUUUUUGCAUCCUAUGGGCAAAACGUCCAACUCUCGUCGCUUGAACCCGGUUCCGCCGAAGAACGCAUUGAUAAUACUGUUCCUGUGGAAACUGAAAUUGUAACCAAAAAAGAAUUUGAAGAGAAGGAGUCGUAUAGGGUUGGUAUGGACUUUUCGAUCUAUGCCUAUUUAGAACAAGAGCAAAAGGACAAGGGAUGGUCAAUUGUUGGAUUUGACGAGAUUCUCUGCGGUGGAGAGGUGUUGAAAGCAUCGGGGGAGGAUCCUGGGAUCUUGACGGAAAUUUCAACGGAUUCUUCUCUGCUUCACGAUGCGCCUGACGACGAGGGCGCCUAUUUUACAAGCGUUGUUCUUCCGGCUUUUGAACCAACGGAGGAUGGUUCUAGCGAAUUUCUUUGCGAAGGGAAAGUCAAACUGAAAAACAACAAUCGGCCGCCCGCCACCUGUGCCAAAUAUAACGAUGAUACGAGAGAACACUUUGGGAAUACGGAAAUAUCCAUCGAGGCAUAUUUCAUGGAUUUCGAAUGGAUUGCAUCAGAGUGUUAUGCACAUUGUGAAUCAAUGUAUCGGUUCAACGUGGCACCUGAUCCUUCUUCACAUCUCAUUCUGGUGAAUCAAUGCCAUACAGGGGAUCAAAGAUGCGUGUGCAGUAGUAUUCCCGACGACACAGCACCAAUUGACGCAGAAACAAUCGAUGGCUGCGCUGUGCCUCAACGAGAAAAUGGCGAAGAGGUUUUUUCGUGUUUGGGAUCUGAACGAACAGAAGAGGAUUUUUAUGUCCUCCGAGGUAGUGAUGUUCUUGAACGACCCAGGCGACCCGCUGUUACUUGUUUCGAUCCCGUGAAAUGGCCUUUUUAUGAAAACGAUGCGCCUUUUAUGAUUGAAAUAGGAGAAAAAAGCUACGAGGAGUUGGCAGAAGAGUGCUUACUUGAAUGCGCCAAAACACGACAAUCAUCUCUAGUUCUGGUUUCCGGUCUCCCCAUGCCGGGUUGCCCGAAACCCGACGAAGACAAAUUCGAGUGUAUGUGCUCCGAAAUCAACGAUGAACUAACACCACAUUAUAACGAAAGACUCGGCGCUGAGACGUGCUUUGCGGAGGGAAAUGGAUGCGGAUCAGAUUUAGCAAUCCGAAGCGAUGCCAAGUUCCCCCUGCGACCGCGGGUCACCUGUGUCGACUGGCAUAACAAUUUGGAAUAUUUUGGUAACUAUUACGUUAAUUUGGACCAUCUUGACUCAAUGGAUUUCGAAACUGUCGCAUCGGCGUGUUUCAACGUCUGUUUAGUUCAUGGUUUUGCGUAUCCAGAUGUUGGGUCCGAUGAUACUGUUUUUGGGGUUGGGUUAGCACCCUAUCCCCGACCUGCUUUUCAAAGCCUCAUUCUGGUGAAUCAAAACGCAAUACAUGAUGGUAGCCAGCAAUGUGUGUGCACUAGUGUUCCUGACGACACGCCGCCAAUGGAACCAGAAGAAAUCGAAAACUGCAGUCUGCCUGAAGAGAUAGGUCCUGUCAUCGAUGACAUGGAAGAUUAUUUUGUCCUCAGAGGCAGUGAUCUUGUAGACUAUUUCGACCGAUCCGAUGUUACCUGUUUCGACCGCGGCGACAAGAAGCUAAUGACGAGCUACUACGAUUACAGAUUCAACGGUCAAUUUUUGGAAGAGCAAGAGCAAGAAGUUCUUGUCGAAAAAGGAGACAAAACGACCAAAGAGUUGACAAUCGAGUGCCUCGAAAAGUGCCGAAACAAUGAUAAGUUGCCAACACCUUUUUCUUCGGGUCUAGUUUUUCUUGAACACUAUCUUCCGGAAUGCGCGCCUCCGGAGGACGACCAAAUUCGUUGUGUGUGCUCCGGUUUACCCAAUUGGUUUCCAUCAUUUAGAGAAGAAACUCAAACCUUUGCCCAGUGCGUUGAAAAACCGCAUGGAUGCGGCUCAACCUUCAUAAUCAAGAGCGAUGCUGCGUUCCUCCAAGACCAACCGACAGAAGGCGACGAUACAGGAGGCGACACCCAGCCAGAGGAAAAACAGCAAGAGGUAAAAGGGGUUGGCCGCCGCCUCCAAGACACCGGUGCCGGGGCCGCGGUGCUGCCCGAAACCACGGCGUUUUCGGCCACCGUCACCGUGUCCCGGACCGAAGGGGACGGGCUUGGCGGCCUGUGGGCCCCCGCGGAAGGCAUCGCCGGGCGUGCUUCGACCGUCGCCGCCACCGCCGCGGUUGCCGCCGCUUUUGCCGUGGCGAUCUGAGGAGGGAAAGGACGACGCCGCGAUCAAACUAUACGUUAUAGCGCAGUAUUGGGUUGCCGCACCAGAUCGCUUCGUGGUGUGUCGUUGGUUGAGAGCACGAGAGGAGAUUCGAGACACCCGGAAGGCCUGAUUGGUACGAAACAAAACAACUGCGCAUGCUUUUGCAUGAUAUUAAUAACAUACAUGAACAAACGUACUAGAAGUAAUUAUUUAGAAAACAAUGAAAUCCGUGUUUUGGCGCGAACAAACACCACCAACGGCGUUGCUCGAAUUCGCAUCCGUACCGUAGUACUUGUAGUCCGUAGUCAGUAGCCCGCGGGGUUUGGUGGCUUGGUUCGUUCUGGUUGUACCGUGGGCUGCGCUGAGGUUGCGGGGGUCGGGCCGGGCUGGAUCGAAUCGAAUGGAAUGGAAUGUGUUGCGUUUUUUCGAGGGGGAUGGUCGCAUCCCGAGUGAAGUGGGAACACCAAAACCCCGGUUUUCAUUUUUGGAAAAUAAUGGUCGAUCUUGUACAUACUUUACCGUAUCCUCUUGCAUCCAUGAACUAGAGAUAUACGAGUAGUAAACGACCAUACGUAUCUGGGGUAGUAUUCGUACCAUCUGCAUGGUUCAUGUGCGGCAUGCUUUACCGUACGGUAAGGUACGAGACUAUGUUUUCUUCCAUUGAUCGGCAUGAACCAUGAACCAUAGAGAAAAAAGGGUACCUACGGUACGGUACUCGUACUCGUACAUAUGACACAUGAUUGCGAAUUUCGAGUCCCCCCCCCGGCAGCCGGGAUCGGGAGGGAGGCUUUCCACUGCGGUCCGUCCUUGAACCAACGUCGAAAAGGCAAAAAGCAAAACCACCGCAGAGGAAACGACGCAAGCGCGCCAUCCUUGUUUCCAAUCUGUGUCUGUAUUUUGCAUACGAUUAGCAUCCGUACGGAAUGUACGUACUAGUACUGCAAGGAACGAUUGGGAGUAUCGUACGUAUAUAUUGUACCGUACCGUAGCGUACGCACGAUACCUAUGAGUCCUCUCGUAUCUCCAGCUACCAUCGAACUUCGGCCUCUCUGCCUGUCCAUUAGAAACAUUCGGUUCAUACGGUACCAAUUACUGUACGGUACACGAUACUUUUGCGGCACGGAAUGGCAGUCGAUGGGCAUGGCAGCGGCAGCGGCAGCGACAACACACCGAACAUCCUACCAUACACCCAGCCUUGGCUACUUUUGUAGCUAGCGGCCACCAGCAACCGCCUCCUCUCCCCGCCGGAGCAACACAGGCAGGGCAACGCCAACGGCAUUGGAAAAGACAACCCGGCACAACACCACACCACACCACACCACGCCACACCACGCAACACCACGCAACACCACGCCACACCACACCACGCCACACCACGCCACCCAUCCCCAAACCAACCCGGCACGGCCCCGUCCCCCCCGAUGAUCCUCCGGCGGAUCCGUCCACCGCCGCGCACGCGCCAAUGGGGGAUUCCGCCCCCCUGCCAAGGAGAGCGGCGGCGGCGGUCCUCUGGCUCGCUCCGUGCCCCCGCCUCGGAGCCCCGGCCGUGUCCGUUUCCAUGGCCGUGUCCAUGGCCGUGCCCGCGGAGGGGAGGCCUUCCGGCCGGGGGCAACCCCGGAGCCGUGCGGUGGUGGUCCUCCCCGGCGCCGCGGGCCCCGGAACGAGCCACCGAUUCGGAGGCAGCAACCACAACGACGGCAGCACCCAUCGACUCCGAAAGCACCAACACCAACGGCAACACCAACACCCACACCGAUGCGGGGGAAAAGAGCAUCGAGGAGCGGUACAGCCGGAAAACCCCCCUCGAGCACGUCCUGCUGCGCCCCGGAAUGUACGUGGGGCCCACCGAGCGGCUCCCGCCGGCGGACUGCUGGGCGAUGGACCCGCUGCCGCCACCGGUGGUCCUGCCCCCCCCGGGGAAGGACGGGCCGAUCGCAAGGGGGGGCGAUCCCUUGCUUCGGCCACCCCUUGCCCCCUCUCUGGUCCGGAGGGAGGCCGGCCUGGUGCCGGCCCUGCAAAAGAUCUUCGACGAGAUCCUGGUCAACGCGACCGACAACCACCUCCGGCACCCAAAGACCUGCAACAAGCUGGAGGUUUCCAUCGAUCGGGGGGACCCCUCCGAGGGUCGGCCCGCGUCGGUCUGGAUCUCGAACAACGGAACCGGGAUCCCCCUCGAGGUCCACACCACCGAGGGGAUCUACGUCCCCGAGCUCCUCUUUGGGCACCUGCUGACGGGGUCCAACUUCGACGACGGCGAGAAGCGCCUCACGGGGGGCCGCCACGGCUACGGGGCCAAGCUCGCCAACAUUUUCUCCGACUCCUUUGUCUUUGACGCGGUCGACGCGGAGAAGGGGAAAAAGUACACCCAGGCCUGGAGCGGGAACAUGUCGGUCGCGGGACCGCCGGAGCUCGAAGAGCUCGGGGAAAAGGCGGCCAGCGGAACAACACCCGCACCGGCAUCCGAGAGCUACACCUGCGUUUCCUUUUGCCCGGACCUCCCCCGGCUCACGGGGGACCCGGCCGCGGCGACCAUCGACGACAAGGACUACUCCGUCAUGUGCCGCCGGGUCCUCGACGCCGCGGGCUGCGCCGCCGGGGGCCUUUCGGUCUACCUCAACGGGACCGACGUCUCGAUGGCCUCCUUUGGGGAGUACGCCCGCCUCUACCGGGGGGAGGGGGCGGCCCCGGUCCGCUUCUGCACCCCCGGCCCCCGGUGGGAGGUCGGGGUCGGCCUCUCGGAGACCGGGUCGUUCGAGGCGGUCUCCUUUGUGAACGGCAUGGCCACGCCGCGGGGGGGGACCCACGUCCAGGCCAUUGCCCACCAGGUGGCCAAGAGGGUCCACGAGAAGGCCUGCAGGGCCGAUCCGGGCCUGUCGGGGGUCCUGACGCCCGGGAUGGCCAAAAAGAGCCUCUUUCUGGCCUGCAACGCCUACAUCGAGAACCCGUCCUUCGACUCGCAGAUGAAGGAGUGCCUCACGUCCGGCCCGCAGACCUUUGGGAGCUCCUGCGCCCUUCCCGAGCGCUUUCUCAGGGAUCUGGUCAAGCCCCUCGAAAAGGGCGGCCCCGGGAUCGUCGAGGAGGUCCUCCGCGCCGCCAGGGGCAAGCAGCAGGCCAGCCUCUUCAAGCAGGUCGGGGGGAAAAAGACCAAGCGGCAGCUCCUGUCGAUCCCCAAGCUCGAGGACGCCCACGAGGCCGCCUCGGGAGCCUCCUCUUGCUGCACCCUCAUCCUGACGGAGGGGGACUCGGCCAAGGCCCUGGCGGUCGCCGGCCUGGAAAACAUCGGCCGGGACCGCUUCGGGGUCUUUCCCCUCCGGGGCAAGUUCCUGAACGUCCGGCACGCGACGGUCGACCAGCUCUCGAGGAACGCCGAGGUCAAGGCCCUGGUGGCCAUCCUCGGCCUCGACUUCGACAAGGAGUACCGGACCAGAGAGGAGCGGGAAAGCCUCCGGUACGGCCGCGUCAUGCUCAUGACCGACCAGGACACGGACGGGUCCCACAUCAAGGGCCUCGUGAUGAACUUUUUCCGCCACUUCUGGCCCGGGCUGCUGCAGCCGGCAACGAGCGGGGAGUCCACACCUGGGGUGGAGCAGGAGGAGGACCAGGACCAGGAGCAGGACCAGCAGCCGUUCCUCUCGUCCUUUCUGACGCCGCUCCUCAAGGCCACGAGAAAGGGGAGAAAAGCCGAGACGCUUUCGUUCUAUUCCAUGGCGGAGUACAACGCGUGGAGGAAAGGGCUUCUCGAGAACCAGGACGCCAGCGAGAGCAUCGGGAACUGGAAGGUCAAGUACUACAAGGGGCUCGGAACGAGCACGCCCACCGAGGCGAAGGAAUACUUUGCCGACUUUGACAAGCACCACGUAAGGUUCCGCUGGAACUCGAACCGGGACGGGGAGCUCCUCGACAAGGUCUUUGACAAGGCGAGGGCCGCCGACCGCCGGGAUUGGAUCGAGACGGUCUACGACCCGGACGCCACCGUGUCCUACGACGCGACCCGGACCGGCAACUCGCUGACCUACGAGGACUUUGUCAACAAGGAAAUGAUCCAUUUCUCCAACAGCGACAACGUCCGGAGCAUACCCAGCGUGGUAGACGGGCUCAAGCCCUCCCAGCGGAAGGUCUUGCACGCAUGUUUCAAGAGAAAACUCAAAUCCGAGAUCAAGGUCGCCCAGGUAAGGAAACGGUAGAGCAACUCAACGGUGCCGUGGAGCGUCUUGUGUUCGAACCGACCGCGUUCCAAGCUUGGACGAGGGGGGACCGAGACGGAAGCCAAAGAGACACUGGCACCCGCAAUCGAUCGAUGCAGUGUUCUUUGUUCCCGGCCUCAUGUUGCGUUUCGUUGCGUUGCGUUGCGUUGCGUUGCUUGUUGUAUUUCUUGUUCGUUUCAUCGGCAGCUGAGCGGGUAUUGCGCGGAACACACCGCGUACCACCACGGCGAGGCUUCUCUGCAGGGCACCAUCAUCGGGAUGGCGCAGGACUUUGUGGGUUCGAACAAUCUCAAUUUGCUGACCCCUUCGGGGCAGUUUGGUACCCGACUGGCCGGGGGCGAGGACGCGGCGUCUCCCCGGUACAUAUUCACGCGUUUGUCUCCCGUCUCUCGGUACUUGUUUCCGGAAGAGGACGACAUUCUCCUCGACUACCUAGAGGAAGACGGCCAGCGGAUCGAACCGAGGUUUUUCUGCCCGAUCAUUCCCCUGCUACUAGUGAACGGCUCACAGGGAAUAGGAACCGGUUGGUCGACGUUUAUUCCACAGCACGAUCCGAUCAGCGUUCUGGACUAUGUUCGAGCAAAACUCGACGAAAGCCUCCACCUGCCCCAGAUCGAGCCGUACACCAAGGGGUUCCAGGGAAGAAUCGAGCGCACGGAAAAUGGGUACAAAAGCUACGGGUCGAUCAAAGCGCUCAACAAGCGUACAGUCGUUAUCGACGAACUACCAAUUGGGGUUUGGACUAAUAGCUACAAGGCUCUUCUAUUGAGGAUGCAAACGAAGGGGGCAAUUGUCGACUUUAAGGAAAAUCACACCACCACAAAGGUGUCGUUUACAAUUCGGCUGAAGCCGAGCCAGAUGAUUAGGAUGGAACAAACGGGUUUGGAACAUGCUUUCAAGCUGACCUCGAAUCUGCUUCUGACCAACAUGAAUGCCUUCAAUGCCGACGGUUUGAUCCAGAAGUUCGACUCUCCGGAAUCGAUUGCCGAUGCUUACUUUCCUACCCGAUUAUCGCUCUACGACGACCGGAAGUCGGUCCUUACGUCCGAAAUGAACUACAAGUCCGAGGUUCUGAAAAACAAAGCCCGAUUCAUCCAACUCGUAUCGGACGGGAAAAUUCAUCUUGUUGGUGGCCAAAUGACCGAAGAAAAGACCGUUUCUGAGCUCACAUCUUUUGGAUUCAGAACGGUGGAAGAAUUAAAUUCGCUUCGGAACAACAACAGCAUUCACGACAAGCUCGCAGGCUGUGACGUCGGUCCGAGCGAAAACGACGAAGUGGUGGAAGAAAAUUACAACGGCAAAUCUUCGUUCGAUUACCUCUUCAAAAUGCCACUGUCUUCCCUCACGAGCGACAGAAUUUCGGCUUUGAUGAAGGAGGCAGCAGAAACGGAAUCGAAUCUAAACGAUAUUCGUGGUUUGCGCUCGGAAGAACUUUGGUUAUCAGAUUUGGAUAAACUUGCCUCUCGUUUGUAAAACAUCCAUGGAUCCGGGACGGUGAUCA